UCUCGAAAGGCAUUAAGAGAACGUAGGACGCCAUUUCUAACAUCUGACAGUUAUUAUAGAUAUAUAUUUGGUUUUAAAUAAAUUAUAUCGCACAUAAAAAUUCCAGUGCACAAGCUUUUUUGCACAGCUUUAAAAAAUCCGGUGGGUGCCAUAUUCUCCGAUUAUUUCUCGGUGAGGUUCGGCUGAAAUCGUAAAUCAGGAAAAUGGACGAGGCGGACUCGGCAACGAAGGGAUUUGCGUUGGACGAAGCGUCCAUAAACACUGCUGUUCACGCGGUUGAGGAGGGGGUGGAUUCGGAUACGGAGUCGGAGGCCGAAGUUACGACGAUGACAGUAAUGGAAGAACCGGGGAACAUCGAGAUUGGAGCCGAGUCCUCGCCGAAUCCUGACGAUGCCGACACUGCCUUUGCAGAAGUCACAACAGUCACUGUCGCUGAUGUCCAAGCAACGGAGGACAAUGUAUUCAACACAACCAUGGCCACCACAGCCUCCAUCCCUGAACAUGUUCUUACUGGCAGGACCACCCUACAGAUUGGCGACGGACUCAAUCCCCAGAAGGCCACUCUGAUAGUGGUACACACCGAUGGGAGCAUAGUGGACGCAACAGGGCUUAAGAACGCCACUGCAGCCGUCAUGGCCGCCGGACCCCAGACUCCCUCCACCCCAAUGACCACAGGGCAGGAGAAGGAUGGUUCCAAAUACAACUGGGACCCGUCUGUGUACAACAACGAGCUGCCCGUGCGCUGCAGGAACACCAGCGGAAUUUUGUACAAGAACAGGCUGGGCUCUGGUGGAAAGGGGCGGUGCAUCAAGCACAACAACCACUGGUACACGCCCACAGAGUUUGAGGGAAUGUCAGGCCGGGCAAGCAGCAAGGACUGGAAGAGGAGCAUCCGCUACGCGGGGCGUCCCCUGCAGUGCCUCAUCCAGGAGCGAAUCCUCAACCCCCACGCCGCCUCGUGUACCUGCGCGGCCUGCUGCGACGACCUCUCAUUGUGUACCAAGGACAGCCCUUCUUAUGCAGGGGAGAACGUUAACAUGACGGGUCCUGUCAGACUGUUUGUCCCUUACAAGAGACGCAAGAAGGAGAACGAGCAGCCGACUGCUUCAGAGAAGAAGGAGCCCCCCCUCCCACCGACCAAGAACAUCACACUAGCGCCGGGAGCGACAUUCACCGUGUCUCCGUCUGGCCAGAUAACCACGUCAGGGACCCUGACCUUUGACCGGACGUCCCCGGGCGACGCCACGGCCAUUCUCUCCGAGGGCACCGCCCAGGGCGAGGUCUUCACCAGCACAGCAGGUACCUACAUGCUGACAGCACUCCCAGCCCUGGCCAUAGCCCCCCAGCCGGUGCAGGUCCAGGCUAAGGUGGUGUCUUCUUCCCCGUUGCCCUCCCCGGGUCUAGUGAAUGGAGGGCUGGAGGUGUCCGGGGUGGUGGAGGGCCAGAGGACCUGGCUUUACCUGGAGGAGACGGCCAACAGCCUGCUGAGCACCGUGCAGCAGCUCAAGGCCGUGGUUGAGCAGGCCAGGCAGGCAUGCCACUGUCAGGCAGGCCAGGACGCCUUCAGUACGCAGGGCAGCAGGAAGGAGACAUUCCAGAGUCAGAUCUCCUUCCAGCACCCAGACGACCCGGAUGGGAAGAGAGGCUCGGAAAUCACUGAGAUCAUCAUCAAGCAAAUGUGUGUGAACUGUGGACGGGAGGCCAUGAGCGAAUGCACUGGGUGCCACAAGGUCAACUACUGUUCCACCUUCUGUCAGAGAAAGGACUGGAAGGAGCACCAGCACAACUGCUGCCAGACAGGUGGAGCUGUGGCCAUCCAGGAGGAGGUGCCAAUGUCGACCAUAGACAUGGAGAAGGUCAAGGUCCAACAGGUAUAGACACUCAAAGAGCCCCAACCGACUCGGGAAAACUCUCCCUCUCAAUAUGGCAGAGACUCGGGAAUGGCACCUUGAUUACAGACUCAGGAGUCGGUGCUUCUCUUUAAAUCUAUCGAGGAUAGAUGCUGGACCUUCCUGUCCCGGGAGCAUGCAUUUUUAAUGGCAGCUGGGAUUUAUUUUACACCAAAUGGCCAUUUUGUCGUAUGUUGUUUUUUUUUUUUUUAUUAUUAUGUACUGUCUGGAGUUAUCAAAUGUGAAGAAUCCUAAAAAUAUUUCAGAAAAGGCUGCAUUACACCCCAGAACUCUGUCAUUUUGGUUCGUUUAACAAAUGCUUCUCCGAGUUGCCAGAUGCUCAAAGGCGCCAUUUGCCUCUAUCAACAGACAAUGUGUCUGAUUAGAUGUAUAAUUAUUUGAAACCAGCAGUUAUUGAAUUACUACUUUCCAUGUGUGGAAUGCUACCCCUGUGAACUGGCUCUUAAAAAAACACUGAAAAUGGCUGACGAUGAAAGAAGACUUGCUCUUUUGUUAUCUUUUUACUUGAAAUAUUUAUUUGCUGUUUUUAUUUUCAUUUAAUGUAUAUCCUGUGUCAAGGUUCAGGGCAAGAAGGUGGAGAUCCUAUGAUUAUAAUGGAAAUAAAAGAGAUGAUGCCCAAAAUCUGUGAACUUUGCAUUCUCCUUUGUUCUCAAUGCCUGCCUGCUGUUGGAAAGUAACCUAUGUCAUAACAGGGGCGGGGAAAAGCAUUGGCACCAUUACAUAAUUGAGAAUUGUUUUCAUCAACUUGUUUGAUUUAAAAACCCCAAGGACCAAAAUAAUGUAAAAAUAAAAAAUAUCUAUAAAUGCCUGGAAUAAGUUAUUCAAAAUAGUUAUUUAUAUUGAGGAAAGGAUUCUGGAAGACUAUGUAUUUUUCAACUGUAGUAAGUUGCUGGUGGCUACAGAUUGUAAAUAGCCAUUCAAACUUCAAAACAACAACCAAAAAACAGAAUGUUGUCUGUUUUCCGCUCUAUUCCGAAGUACAAGUUUGCCAAAUUAUUAUAAAAAAUUAUCAUGCAACAUGCAACAAACUAAACUGAAAAUGCAAUUACAUUUUUCUUUUUAAACUGGGUGAAAAUGUAUUCACAGACCACUUAAUUAUGUACACCUAUCUAACAUCAGAUGGGAUGCCCUUUUGCCUCUAACCAUUUCAAGGUUGGACAUUGAGAUGUCCUACUGAACUCCACUGUUGUAAAGAGUGGUUAUUUUAGUAUUUUUGGCCUCUAUGUUGGCUUAAACAUGACUGGCAAUUCCCCUUUGACCUCUCUCAACAAGGUGUUUUUGCACACAGAACUGCUGUUCACUGGCUGUUUUUUUUCCUUAUCAUCAUUCUCUGUAAACUUGAGAGUCUGUAGUGUGUAAAGAUCCAAGAAGGUCUGCAGUUUCUGAGAUGCUGGAACCACCACGUCUGGUACCAACAAUCAUACCACAGUCAAAAGCUGAUGCUAUGUAUUGGUCAAAAAGCGGGUUCAUACCACCAGGUGGCUAUGUUGGUAUACUGAUUAAAAUUAAAAUGAAGUAAUACCAUAAUGAAUGAGUAGGUGUUUCCAGUCUUUUUGCUGGUACUGUAUGUAUUGCUGAUUGGCCAUGAACCUAAAGCAGCUUUUGUAAUGUGAUUUAGUUACUUCAAAGUAACAGUUGUUUUCCAUUUGGUGUUUCUGUUAUUUUGUACACCCCCUGUUUAUUUCCGUUAGACUCAAAAUUAUUUAACAUUGUGUUUUCUUAUUGUAUUUUUAUUUGUU